CCGGAGGAAGGAUGAGGCCAAGGCCUUGGUGUCAUCGGAUCGCACCCUCAACUAUUGCAACGGGGAUAAUGUUGCAGAAACAUCUUCAAUGAAGGUUAUGCUACAUAUUUCUUUUGUACUCCCUCUGUAAGCUAAUAUAAGAGCGUUUAGAUCACUAAAGUAGUAAUCUAAACGCUUUUAUAUUAGUUUACGGAGGGAGUAACAAAGAUCAUGUUAUGGAUAUUUCUUUUUGCAACAUAGACCAUGUUGUGGAAACAUCUGUAGAAUUUUUUGCAGCAGAGGUCAUGUUACAGAAACUUUUUGUAACAAGAAUCAUGUUGCAAGAUCUGUUGUUGCAUCUCAGCUCGGGGAGGCCACACCUAUGGGUGUCGGUGCUCCUUCAGGACGUCAGCGACGUGGAACAACGACGAAUGAUGGCGGACGUGGCGGCAUGGCUCGCAGAUGCGAGCGGUGCAGUUCGGCAGCUUCCAGCAUCUACGCCUGGUAGCAGGCCGCUGCACCGGCCACCUGGCAUGUCACGGACGAGGUGAAUGCUUGGAUGAAGUGGCACAUGUGUAUCACGAUGCAAGCUAGGCGUAGAAGAUGAAUGACUAAAGAAAGGAACGAGUGGUUCUCCCUGGUUAGCUAUGGAGAUUAAGGAAAAAAGGAUAAGCGGUGGUAGCCUCAGACCACAUGGGACGCGUGGGAGGCGGUGGACGCUGCGCUGUUAGGCUGCAAAUGUUUGACGCAGUAGCAGGCGUAUUUUUGUAAAAUUGAAACAGAUUUGCCUUAGAUACGCAUCAGACGACCGUAAACCAAUGAUGGCAGAUACAUUAUCAUCAUCAUCAACUCCAUUUUUGUAGGAGUAGAGAAGAUAUCAUCUCCCUCACUGACGCAGGCAGCAGCAUGAGCUGACUUGAGAAUAGUGUUUGGACUUUGGAUGAGAUGAUCCAACAAACCACGCCACGCACAACAACCCAGAUCCAGCAGAAUCCAGUCCAGUCUCCAGUGUCGUCGUCCUCUGCUCGGCCUCGGCAGACAGCCAACAGAUCCAUCAGUGAGUAAACGCAGCAGGCAACUUAGCUGGUUCAUCUCAUCCUUUUACUUCAGUGUAGAAACAUUGCCUCCGAUCAUCUGCAAGUUUGUGCAAUCCUGUGCUUUCAGACGCGGCAGAAAUCACGUUGAGACAUGGCCGAGCACGCGGUCGCUGCCGUGCUGCAGAGGGUAGGCGCCACCGUGAUCCAAGAAGUUGCUUUUCUGGGCCAGGUUCCUGCCAAGGUGGAGGCCCUCAAGUCCGAGCUCAAGCGCAUGCAGUGCUUCCUCAGGGACACCGACGCGAGGAUGGAGAGGGGCGAGAAUGAAAUGCUCAGCCAACUGGUGUCGGAGGUCAGGGACGUCGCCUACAGCAUCGAGAUCAUCAUCGACACGGCCAGCAUCUUGGCCAGGGAGAACAGCAGACCGCCGUCCCUCUUGGGUGCCAUAUCCAAGGGCGCCUGUUACCCCGUCCACUGCAAGCGUCUCUACAGCAUCGGGAAAAAGAUCGAUCAGGUGACAGCGAGAGUUAAUAAGAUCUUCGAAGAAUUUGCAAAGUAUAACAUUCAUAGUACUUGCCUGAAUGAGACAAGAUACAGUAUGGAUGAGAACGAGACUCUACGCGCUAGGAGACUGACGCUUCCGGAUCUCGGGGAUGAGGUCAAUGUCAUUGGCUUUGACAGCGAAAUCAACCAGGUCAAAGAUGAACUGCUUGACUCGGAGAACAAGGACCUCACUGUCGUCUCCCUUGUUGGUCCAGGGGGGGCAGGGAAAUCAACCAUCGCCAGGAAGGUCUACAAUCUUGUCGCAAAAAAUUAUUUCAACUCCUGCGUAUGGAUAUGCAUCUCACAAAAAUUUACAGUAUAUGGUGUUCUGAAGGAUAUUGUCAACGGGGUCAUGGAGAAUCAAGACUCCCAAGAACUAGGAACAAUGAGCGAGAUGGAAAUUAUAAAGAAGAUCCACAGUUUUCUCAAGGAUAAAAGGUACCUGGUGGUUUUAGAUGAUGUCUGGAGAAUGGAAGACUGGGAUAUGGUCCAAGCCGCCUUUCCUGAUGUGAAAAAUGGAAGCAGAAUUGUUCUGACAACUCGCAACUCAGCAGUUUCCAAUCACCCCAACGCAAGAAAAAUAAUCCAGCAGGUCAAGCUCCUUAACGAAGAAGAAAGUAUAGAGCUAUUCAAUAGAAAGGCAUUCCCUUCGUAUGUCGUCCAUGGCAGAGGUGAUCUGGAUAGCUUCAGAGAACUAGGCAAGAUACUUGCAUUAAAAUGCAAUGGCUUGCCUCUUGCAAUUAUAGUCAUGGGAGGUUUCCUUUCAAAGAAUCUCAGGAUCACCGAGUGGAGAAGAAUGGUUGCUAGCGUAAACUGGGUCGCGAUGAAGAAUGAGGGUGACAUCAAAGCCAUACUGGACCUAAGUUACUAUGAUCUGUCAAGUAAUCUGAAGGCGUGCUUUUUGUACAUCACAUCAUUCCCAGAAGACUACGCAGUCCCGGUAGGCCUUCUUACAAAGUUGUGGGUUUCAGAGGGUUUCAUACCGAACGUGCGUGGAAGCUCCCUUGAAGAAACCGCGCUCAGGUAUGUGGAAGAACUGGCGCAGCGCUGCUUGAUCCUAAUUGAAAAGAGGAGCUCCAGGUGCAUCAAGACCGUUAAGGUGCAUGACGUGUUGCGUGACUGGGGAAUCGGGCGAGCACGAAGAGAAGGGUUCUUGAAAGACUGCAGUUCCAGAAAUGAAGUGGAGACCUCAUAUUCCAAUGAAAUGAGAGCUUACAGAGUAGUUCUCUACGACUCCGUUCGCGUGAAGGUUGGUGUUGCUAUGCCAAAUCUGCACACCUUGCUGAUCUUCAAUGCAGCUCAGCUAGAAAGGAAUGUCUUUUCUUUCCGAGGCUUAAAUUACCUGCGGGUACUCUACUUUGAUGGCAUGAGAGAGAGAUGGCAGCUACCUACAGAGAUCGGCAGGAUGGUACAUCUGAGGUACCUCGGCAUGAAAGGUGGCACAUAUGUACUUCCUGCUACCAUCAGCAAUCUCACAAACCUACAUACUUUUGAUGCAAGAGAUGCCAUAGUGGAAGCACUCCCUAUGGAUCCCUUGAGCAUUUCGACACUGAAGCAUGUCCAUAUCUACAAGGUCGAGUCAUGGUCCGUGUGGAAGACCACCAUGCAGAGCAACCUGGAGUCAUUUUUCAUAGUCCUGGCAGCCAACACCCCGAAGCAAUGGGAAGGAGCAAUUGAAAGAAUGGAAGAAAAACCCUCCUGGUGCUUUGGGAAGCACUACCAGAGCGUCAAACAGCUGGAAAUUGUGGGGGCAUGCGAGGACGAGUUCGGAGUGCCCAACGACCUACAUCUUCCUGAUCUGCAACUCCUCCCGCACAACCUGAGACGGCUGAAAAUUAGCUGUCCUAAUCUGCUGAAUGAUGAAGACCCCAUGCCGACACUUGGGAGCCGGCUGGCGUACUUGAAUGUGUUGGAAAUAGGGGUUAAGUCCUACACUGGCGCGACCAUGACCUGCCCUUUUAGUGGGUUUCAAUACCUGCACAAUUUGGUGCUCCACGAUCUAGAUAUCGAGGAGUGGAUAUUGGAGGAUGGCGCCAUGCCAAAGCUCAGGAUACUAACUCUCUGCAAGUGCACCAAGCUGAAGGCGCUUCCACAAGGAUUGCAGCACCUGAAGGAACUUAAGAAGCUGAAAGUGAUAGCGAUGCCCGAGUUGGAUCAAGUAUUAUGCUACCUGCUACACAAGGCAGGACGCGAGGUCAUCAUCAGGUCAAGUGAGGAGCACUUUGAGCAUGUACAGAUCCCCAAGUAUGACAUGUAAGGAGUAACAGGCUGACAUCCAUGGACAAUGGGGAUCUGAAGCAAUUUAAAUUCGCUGCCAUCGUACAUGCUGGGUGGAAUGGAUAUCUUCGAAAGUGCGAGCUACUGACCUGAUACCGACAAACUGUCAAUUUUGCUUACGGGUUUAUCUUGCUACUAUUUGUUAUGUACUUACAUAUGUGUAAACAUAGUAUUUUGUACCAA